AUGUAUUCCGCAGACCAGUUUAUGAAUCCCGGGCCUGCCCCUCGCCCACCGACCGACCGUCCUAAACUUAACCUCGCCGCAAGCACCUCCGGUGUAGCAACAUCGUUUGGCCAGAUGAACAUUGAUUCGCCAAGCACCCCGACGACCGCUAACCUGUCGCUGUUUCCCAACACCAGCAGCCCAUCCCUCGUUCGGACAAAGACAGAUCAAUCAGGGCCGGCAGGAUACGGUGUUGUCAAAGAGGGGUAUGUGCGCUGUAAAGAGGACAAGUUCUUAGCUACAUGGAAUCAGCGAUUCCUAAUUCUUCGCGAGUCUCGCCUGGAUUUUAUGAAAAAUGAGGCCGGAAAGGUGGUUCUCUCCAUUCCCUUAUCCGCAGUCACAGGCGUCUCUCGUUCGGAAGAUACACGGAUGGCGUUUGAAAUUAUUCGUUUAGCCAACCCGAAAGAUGCUACCUCGAAGUCGGCCCUACUCACUCGCGAUAUUCCCACAAAAAGCUUGACCUGUGAGGUCAGAACCGAUGAAGAGAUCUACGACUGGAUCGACAAGAUAUACGAGCGCUGCCCCGGAAUGGGUGGUGUGAGCAAUCCUACAAACUUUAGCCACCGCGUUCACGUUGGUUUUGAUCCGCGGACAGGGGCUUUUGUUGGUCUACCCCCAGAGUGGGAGAAGCUUCUGACUGCGUCCGCAAUUACUAAGGAGGACUACAAGAAGAACCCGCAAGCUGUGAUCGAGGUGCUCGAAUUCUAUUCUGACAUCAAGAUGCGUGAACAAAACCCACAAUACUACGCUGGCCUGGGCAAUACAUCUGGUCAGGCGAAACCAUAUGGCAAUAAUUCAGUAGGCGGUUCGAUUGCCCCUCCAAGACCACCCCCACCGGCGCCUGCGCAGCGUUUAGACAGUGGCCAAUCAUACUCCAGUCGCUCUGCAUCUUCUGGCCACACUCCGAGCAAAUCCGGCUCAGAUAGGGCUACGGAACAGCAACAACAACUAGAAAAGAUGAAGGAAUUGGCUGAUCAGGAACGCCGAAGAGUAGAGGAAGACCGCCGUAACAGACAGCGUGAAGAGGAUCAGAGCCGACUUGAACAGGAUGCCUACAACGCCUCUCUUCCGAAAACUCGUGUCCCCCUCGCCAAACAAGAACUCGGAGGAUAUGGAGGAUCUGAGCAAUCGACGAAUGACCGUUACAAGCCGAGCCGCCCUGCUCCGCAGGCCCCAGGCUCUACCCGCCAGCCUCAAGAUCCCUCCCGCCAGUUAACAGCCCAACGACCGGCACCAUCACCACCAACGACUUCAGGGCAAAGGCCUGGAGAUUAUUCGUCCAAUGGAGCGUCGCGGGGCCCAGGCUCACGUUACGAUGAUCAAUCCAAUGCCAGGCAUCCUCCCCCAGAUCCUCGCGCUCAAGCCUCAGCACCCCGCAGCCAGAACAAUGGCAAGCCGCAACAGGCACACGGCCCUCCUCCCAGCAAGCUUCCCGCUCCUGUACAGCCCGUAAAGCCUUUGAACAUUGCCAACAAGCAAGCGCCUAAGAAUAAUGCCCCGGAUGGUGUUCGACAGGCGGAAGCUGCUCUGACUAAGAAGGCUGAUCCUCAUAAGAAGGAGGUCCGCAUGUCGGCUAUGAGUGAAAACGAGGUCAUGGAUAGGCUGAGGUCCGUCGUGUCCAAAGACAACCCAAACGAAUCCUACAGCAAGCAACGAAAAAUCGGACAGGGUGCUUCUGGUUCCGUGUACGUUGCGCGGGUUAAAGAAAACGCGACAUCUGGUGUCGCUCGAGAGCUGUAUCGCCAGUACGGCCCACGUUGCCAGGUUGCAAUCAAACAAAUGGACCUGCGUAGUCAGCCUCGGAAGGAGCUGAUUGUUAACGAGAUUAUUGUCAUGAAGGAUAGCCAGCAUGCCAACAUUGUUAACUUCUUAGACUCCUUCCUGCAAGAGCAGAGCAAUGAACUUUGGGUUGUCAUGGAGUUCAUGGAGGGUGGGGCGCUUACUGAUGUUAUUGACAAUAACCGUGUGAUCCAGGAAGACCAGAUUGCUACAAUCUGUACAGAGACUUGCAAAGGAUUGGCACACCUGCACAGCCAGAGUAUCAUUCAUCGUGAUAUCAAGAGUGAUAACGUUCUUCUUGACCGCGCUGGCCAUGUUAAAAUUACGGAUUUUGGGUUCUGUGCCAAGCUCACCGAAACCAAGAAUAAACGUGCUACAAUGGUCGGUACUCCAUACUGGAUGGCACCCGAGGUUGUUAAGCAGAAGGAAUAUGGCCCUAAAGUUGACUGCUGGUCGUUGGGCAUCAUGGCUAUUGAAAUGAUUGAGUCUGAACCCCCGUACUUGAACGAGGAACCCCUCAAGGCUCUUUACUUGAUCGCCACCAAUGGUACCCCUCGACUCAAAAGUCCAGAGAAGCUCAGUAAGGAGCUUAAGUCUUUUCUCAGCGUUUGUUUAUGUGUGGCUGUGGACAGUCGUGCCACCGCACAGGAGUUGCUGGAACAUGAUUUCCUCAAGAUGGGCUGCAGCCUCGCAAGUCUCGCAGAGUUGCUCCGUUGGAAGAAGAACACAGGCCAGUAG